UUUUUUUUUUUAAUUACUAAUAUAGCAAAUAACCUAUCACGGCGUUAAACUAAGUGGCUGUUACAAGUUACAUUGUGGGUAAAUAAGUUUACGAUGAUAUGUGAUGGGUCAUUAAUCAGGAGUUAAUAAGUGUGUAGGCUUGUGUGCACCUCAACCGUAUAAAAGUAAGGCUUACGAUGCUGAACAUUACAGGAUAGCUGUAAAGUGAUGUAGCUUUUUCAUACUGUGUUUAAAAACUCUGUUGUUACUGAAGUUUCAUGGUCAGUUUUCACCAUAUUAUCAACCGACAGGUGAGUCUGUUACAGGCGUGACUAUGUGUGGAGCGCCAGUGGACUUGUCCUUCAAAAACAUCAGCAGUCUGACAGACGCGUGGAUAGAGGAACCCAGCAGUAGUCUACGGCCUCUGAAGAAAAAUUCUGAGAUGAAAUAUCUGAGCCGCUCUCUGCGUCUCAAUAACAACAUCAUCACCGACCUUCAUGACCUCCAGAGGACCGUUUGUCACUUCUUGGCCGAGCCGUCACAUCUGGCUUGGCUGGAUCUGUCCUUCAACAAAAUCACACAUAUAGACCCAGCUUUGUGCGAGCUUCGUGCACUGCGUGUGUUGUAUCUUCACGGCAACAACAUUUUUAUUAUGUCAGAGGUGGACAGGCUGGGAGUGCUGCCACAUCUACACUCUAUCACUCUACAUGGAAAUGUCAUAGAAACCAACAAGGCUUACAGGAAUCGUGUGAUUUCUGUUUUGCCUCGGUUAAAGACGAUGGACUUCAGUGCUGUGACACGGCAGGAGCGAGUCAUGGCAAAGAUCUGGCAUCACAGUGGCAGAAGCAGUAAGGAGACUCUCCAGUGAUCGGUGGCAUUUCUUCUGUUGGGGUUUGUUAAACUCAAACUUUAACGUGAUUGUCCUGAGCUCAGCAUAUACUGCUGGAAAACUAACUGUUGACAUGUAUGUUUGUUGUCACAGCUCUUGGUUGCUUUGCAUUUUCCUUCAUUGUAAUUAACUCUUCUAUACACCGAUCAGCCACAAGAUUAUGACCACUGACAGAUGAAGUGAAUAAUAACAUCAUCUUUUUUUAAUGCAAUGUUCUGCUGGGAAACCUUGAGUCCUGACAUUCAUGUGGAUGUUUGACAUGUACCAUCCACCUAAACAUUGCAGGUCAAGCAAACCCCCCUUCAACCCCAUGGCAACAGUAGUCCUUGAUGCCAGUUGCCACCCUCAGCAGGACAAUGUACCCCGACACACUGCAAAAACUGCUGAGGAGUGGCCCAGGGAACAUGACAGAGCUAAAGUGUUCACCCAGGUUCCACACUCCCCACAUCCAAAUCUUACUGAGCAUCUGUGGGAUGUGCCAGUAUAAGCCUGAUCUAGAUAGGUCCCACCCUGCAACCCACAGGACCCACAGAAUUCACUGCCACCAUCCCCAGAGGUCCUGUGUCCAUGUCCCACUGGGUCAGAGGAGAUCCACUAGCAUAAAGGGAACCAACACAAUAUUAGACAGGUGGUUAUAAUGUUAUGCCUGAUCGGUGUAUGCAAAUUGCUAUGUGCCCUCAUCUCUUUCCUUGAGACUGACUGAACCAAACCCAGUUGGGCUGCAGAAAUCACUACACUAGGUCUGAAUAUGCACCUUAUAUCUAUCAGUCAUGGCGGGUGUGAUUUAAUGUGAGCAGAUCAUUUCUGUGCCUCUCAUUGUCCUUGUGUAAUUCUGAUGUUUUUCUGUAUCCGCUAUCUUGUUGCUAUUCUUAUGCCACCUACCAGUGGAUAUAAGUGGCUGAGAGCUUUGUUGAUUUGUGUAUAAGGUUUGACUGCUUAGAGUUCUAUUGUUAGGUACACUAGGAGCAGGGGUGCUGCUUCCUUAAUUUCAGUUUGCCACAUGUUUAAUUGAUUUAUUUUGUAGUUUACUUAGCAAGUCAGCACACUCUUGACCCUGAUUUUAUUUCUUUCAUUGAUUAAGCAACACCCACAGUUGCUUUUCUUGUGCAUUUUAGCCUCCUUUGCUUGUGAUUUCUAAUAUUAAGCAAUAACGUAGUUAAACAAAAUACAGGUUUUAUGUUGCAGCCCUGAAGCCUGAACAGAGCUGGAAUGUAAGAUUUGCAUGUGUAGUGAAAUGUUGUUUUGUCCAAUAUUUGACAAAAGAAGUUGUCAGUAAUUUAGCCGUGCAAAAUAAUCUUAUU